GACCGGAGCGGAGGGCAGGCGUGGGGAUCAGGGCGUCCCUCCUUCCUCCCUGCCUGCCUCCCUCGGUGGAGGAAGGAAGAGAGAGGGAGAGGGACCUCGGCUGCGCCAACCGGAUGCAUGCGUUGCUCAGUCGUAUGCCUUCCUUAGCCUGGCUGGGGUCGGGGCGUCUGGCCGCUCAUUCCCUCGGGAGACCAGCCAGGGGCUGGCGGCUGAACGGCAUGGCUAGCUGCUUUGCAAUGGCCGAGGAGUUGAGGACCGUGGCCAGCAACCAAGCCAAGAGGCUGAAGAGCAGCUGCAGCAACAGCAACAUAGAGGAGGCAGCGGAAGAAGUUGGGAAGCAGGAGGAAAACGGGCAUGAAACGAAACGGUUCAAGACCAGUGGGGAGGAGGUGGAGGACGGGGUGAAGAGGUUCCCCAAAAGGAAGGUUGUGCUGCUGAUGGCAUAUUCAGGGAAAGGCUAUCAUGGGAUGCAGCGCAAUGUGGGGAAUGCUCAGUUCAAGACGAUUGAGGAUGACUUGGUGUCAGCCCUCAUUCGAUCCGGCUGCAUCCCGGAGAACCACGGUGAAGACAUGAAAAAGAUGUCUUUCCAGAGAUGCGCCCGGACAGACAAGGGUGUAUCUGCAGCUGGGCAAAUCGUGUCGCUGAAGGUCUGGUUGAUAGAAGAUAUCUUGGAAAAGAUAAACCACCAUCUUCCUCCUCAUAUACGAAUUCUAGGACUGAAACGGGUCACAGGAGGGUUCAAUUCCAAGAACAAAUGCGAUGCCCGGACAUACUCUUACAUGUUGCCAACUUUUGCCUUGGCACACAAAGACUGUGACCUUCAGGACGACACGUACCGCCUGAGCACUAAGACGCUGGAGACUGUCAACAGCCUUCUGGCUUGCUACAAGGGGACGCACAACUUCCACAACUUCACCUCUCAGAAGGGACCCAAAGACCCCAGCGCCAAACGCUACAUCAUGGAAAUGUACUGCGAGGAGCCCUUUGUGAGGGAAGGCAUGGAGUUCGCCGUGAUCAAGGUGAAAGGGCAAAGCUUCAUGAUGCAUCAGAUCCGGAAGAUGAUUGGGCUGGUGAUCGCCAUUGUGAAGGGCUUCGCUUCCGAGGCCAUCAUGGAGCGUUGCUGGGGGGAGGAGAAGGUGGACGUCCCCAAAGCCCCGGGGCUGGGCCUGGUUUUGGAGCGGGUUCACUUUGAAAAGUACAAUAAACGUUUUGGGAACGAUGGGCUCCACGAGGCCCUGGAGUGGGUGGAAGAAGAAGAAAAGAUUGCUGCUUUUAAAGAGCAACACAUCUACCCCACAAUCAUAAGCACGGAGAAGGAAGAGAAGUCCAUGGGGAGGUGGGUGGAGACGCUCUCCAACCACGACUUCAAUUCCACUGUCUCGAGGGCACCGGUGGACAACAGAGAUUUGAAGAGUGAUGAUCCUGAAGGCAGCGAUGGAUGCGGAGAUGACUCGGACUGAACUGAAAUCCGCUCCAGAGGGCAGAAAUAUACCGGCACGUGGGUUGCCCCACACCAUUCUGGGAAACUUCUGCUCGAUAACCUUGGGGUCAUCUCUCAACUGGUGGUGCUCAUCUGCUUGGUUGAUGAGCAUUGCCCAUGACGGAACACCAGGUCAAGCUGUGAGAAGAGAAGAAAAAGGACCUUUAGAGCAACUCUGUCUACAGUUACUGGAUGGGAAAUAAUGUCAGCUGGAGCCAAUAGUGCAUUAAUUAUGCUUUACAAAAGAAUUAUGUCAUUUUUACUAUGUCCAAUGCACAAUGGAAAGUAAUUAAUAAUCGGACUCUUAAGACAAUGGAAAGGUUUUUUAAAUAUCAUUUCCCCCUCCUUUUUAAAAUGAAGGCCAAAAUUUCUUCCUUCUUUCUUUUGGGCUUUUUCUGAUUGUACUUCAUUCCAGCUCAGCUUGCGGAAGGGGAGACAACCCCUUCCCUUCCUUAGCUUGCUAUGUCUUUGCCUCUGGUGUCCCAGGAGACAAAAUAGAUUCUCUGAACAAAAUCUGACUGGAAUAUCAAAAUUUUCUCUUUCUCUCCUUAAAAAAAUGAGCUACUUGUGUCAGAGGGCUUUAAAUUGUCUCUGGUUUUUGUUUCCUUUUUUGAAAAUAAAAUAAAGACUUCUCGUGGCACAAUUAGAAAAGAAAAAUCAUCCCUAUGUUUUCUGUGUAUGAAAUAAAAGACCUUAAGAUUGUGAGAAGAGCCAUCAUCCUGUUCUCACUGUGGCCAGCCAGACUCUUGUGAGAAGCUUAAAACUAGGACCCGAAUGCAACAAUGCUCGCUCCACUUGUGAUUCCUAAAAACUGGUACCCAGCAACACAUUGCCUCUGACAAUGGAGGGAGAACAUUGACAUGACAUGUGUGUGUAAUAAUAGUAAGAAUGGAAAGCUUUCCUGCCCUGAUCCUAGGUCUGCAGUCAUAUAGUGCCUGGGUCAGUGACUUAGGGGUCAAAGUUCUGUGUAGAUCUCCCCCUCCAUGGGCAGAGAGGGGAAGUUGCAUCUGGAGCGACAGGUGCCCCAUCUUCCUUUAUUUCAUCACAUGAACACCACACCAGCUUUAAAGUGGGAUACGCGGUUCUCCUCCAAGUUAAAUCGUUGCAACAAUGCUGAGAGACAAUGGCUGUCCCAAGGAGACUGUGAGCUUCCUGGCUUGAGUGCAAAUUUGGACUCUGGUUUCAUAGAUCCUAGUUCAGCAUCCUAACUGCUACACUGCACAGGCUCUCAGUGGGAUCUUGCUUCAAUACUGGCAAUGGGGAAGCUUCCUCCUUGACACCUGAAGGCAGAAGGCUUUGCACAAACUUUGUGACUGUAUCACUAACUGCUAAGCUGCAGUGGUCAUAUACACAAAGCACUCUUACACAACCUGAACAGUCACCCUAAGAAGAAUACUAAGAACCAGUGGUUUCCCCCCCCCUUAAAAAUGUUUAGGGCUACUCUCCUUUUCCUACUCGUAUUGAAAUAUUGCCCCUCAAUGAGGCCAAACUUAAGAUUCACAAAAUGUUUAGGGGUAUGUGCCCCCCCCCAGAAAAAAAACAACUGCUGAGAACUGUAGUUUACUCCACAGUGCUACAGUUCCCAGGAUUCUUUUGUAAGGCUUUAAUAUUGUGUGCUUUAAGAUUGUGCUUUGCAUGCAGCCAAAAUAUGUUUUCUCAUUUAUAUGUGCGACUUUCACUUCAGAGGAGGUAGGGAUCUGUGUCUGAAAGUGAAGUGUGGUGUCGAGGUUGAGGAUAGGUUUGCAGAGGCCCACGUUUAAAUUGUUCUUUGGCCAGCGACUCCACUGAAUUUUUUGGGGUUGGUUGCUAUUUCUCAGCCUGUCCUUCCUCACAGAGUUGUUGUGGAGGACAGCAGAGUAGUUAGUAGUAAAGUGGGUGGGUGGGGGAUUAGUGGUCCACCUUCAAAGUUUGCUUUUCAAAGAUUUCCCAAGCAGCCUCACAAUAAUUACAACUCCCAUGAUUCUUUCUCUCUGUGAA